GGAAAAGGACACUGCUUUGGUCUUCAUUCGCCGAAGCCAUCCCCGUACCGGAGAGGGAGGAAAGCGGGGCGGCAGCGACAGCAGAAGGGAGGAGUGCGAUCCCUUCCCUCCCGCCUGCGAUCGAGAAGCUCUGAUUUAUUGUUAGAGCAGAGAGUGGUUAUGGAUAAGGAGAAGGAACAGGGUACACUAGAGUCUCAACUCAUUCAGAAAAACACCAAAUGGAAGCAUGAGUUUGAAUGCCACCAAUCUCAAGUUGAAAAAUUGGAAGAGAAAGUUAUGGAGGUAAAGAUUGAUAUGAAAUGUGCGGAAGAUGAUACUAAGGAUUUAGAACUCCUCUGGCGUAGAGUCAAAACUACCGCAACAAUGCUGACCUAUCUGAAAUCAAAAGCAAGAAUUAUGGCAAUUCCACAUUUAGCUUGUGUUUCAUGUGGUAUUAAGCAUCAAGAGGGAAUAGGACUUGUUGACAAGCAUGGUCUACCAUUGUCGGAGUGGUCUACAGAUGUUGAUCUUUCAUCACAUGAAAGUUCAGAUGAGAUGUCACAGUUGGCAAGUAAUCUUAAAUAUGGUCCUUUUGAUGCUAAUGUUGGUGGAUAUUUUAGUGAAACACUUCAGUCAACUCGUAUUGUGGCAGAAGUUAUGGAAUCUCUUAUUAAGAGGGCUAUCAGGGCAGAAACUGAAGCUGCUACCGAGAAAGAAAAAGUAAAGUUAGGUUUAGAAGAAAACAAAAGAAAGACUCUCCAAAUUCAAAGCAUGACACUAAAGGUCGAAGAGAUGGAAAAGUUUGCACUGGGCACAAACACUCUGUUGAAUGAAAUGCGGCAGAAGGUCACAGAUAUGGUUGAAGAGACAUCAAGACAACGACAGAGAGCUGCUGAGAAUGAGCAGGAGCUCCGUCGUGUGAAGCAGGAUUUUGACUCAUUGAGGUCCUUCGUUAGCAGUCUUAUCAGUGUCAGAGAAUCGCUUAUGUCAUCAGAGAGACAAUUUCAAACUGUUGAAAAGCUUCUUGACAGGCUAGUUGCUGAGACCACUCAUCUUGAGAACGAGAAGGUUAAAAAGGAAGCUGAAGUUCAGAAGCUCAUCGAGGAGAAUGUGAGGCUAAGAACUUUGUUAGACAAGAAAGAGGCACAAUUAUUGGCCAUGAAUGAGCAGUGCAAGUGGAUGGCACUCAACAGUCCUGGAAUUUAACUUUCCUUAUGCUACAAUGGAAAUUUCAGAAGGAGAGCACAAUGAUGAAUCAGGAAAGUUCAGAUGCAACUUUUGAGAAGAUAGUAGAAGAUUUUCAUUUGGUGUCACAUUAAUCGCCUGCAUAGACACCAAAUGAGAUCAUAAUGAUGGCUUAUUGAUUCCUGUUCAGUUAAGCUGUAUGUUCUCAUCCGCUAAGCGUGUCCACCAUGAAGUACUUGAAACUUCCAAUAAUUAUCAUAUUUUCUCAUUCUGUUUACCAUUGUCAUUGGAUAUGUUUCAUGUUAUAUGGUAUUGUACCUGAAUCAUUACAGAUUAUUUAUCGUUUUUUGUGUCUCAAA